CAUAAUCAGCAUCAUGCCAGGACUCAGCGCAACGCCUGCUCAGCAACAGCUCCGGCGCAACCUCGACACGCAGUUCCGGUGCCUCCACCGCCACCACCUGGGCAGAACUUGCCAGGCUGGGCACAAUACGGCAAAGGAGGAAAGCACACGCAUUUUUCGCCGAAUGUUAAUAACGCCGCAUCCAUGUAUAGCUCACAGCCAAUAAGAGGCUUGCAGCAGCAUACGGCUGAUGAUGAAAUGUCCUAUCACCAAAAUGGGACCACGAGGCAUUUCCCGCACACACGGCUAGACGUGGG